CCGGCCCCCCAGCUCCACGUAGGGGACCUGGGUGAGGGGCGGGCGCACAGAAAGCGCAAAGUGAGGCGCAGCACAUCCACGCGGAAAGCGCUCUAUAGUUCCUCCAUGCUUCUUUGGAGCAGUUUGAGCCUACAGCAUCGCCUUCUACUGGCACCCCAAGAUCUAGGAGGAGCUUCAAGCUGUGACUAGACUUCCGAUGGAUUCAUCAGAGGAUAACCCAACCUGGACCCUAGAGUCUCUUAAAACAUCCAUUGACGAUGCUUCCCAGGCAAUGCAGGUUGCCACUCACUCUGAAAUGUUAGCAACGAACCUCAGUAACUUGACUCUCAACCCUAGUAUCAAGUUGCCGUAUAUACCAGAAUACCCAUCUCAACCAACCGGGCAGUUACUUAGUGAGAAAACACCAAAUAGGCGGAGAGGGGUAAGAACGGUGUUGAGUGAGCGGAGAUACAGGAUGAAAAAGCUGAUUGAAUCUCUUAGACUUCGCUAUGCCAAUGGAGUUCCUCGUUCUGACUCUCAAAGAGAACUACAGCAGCAGCAGGACACUGAGAUUCAAUCAAGAAUGAGAAGAUUCCAGUGUACCUGUAGUUAUUGCCAGUUUAACAGAAAUCCUUCUGAUGAUAAUUAUGAGAAUUAUUAUAACACAACAUACAGUAAUUAUGCCAUGGAAUCAAAUGAGUCAUAAACCUUAUUCUUGUACUGUUUUCUUGCUGGUAAUUUUAGGAAGCAGCUUGGGAAAGAUUGUACCAAUAUUUUGAUAAUGUAUAUUGUAAGUUUGUCUUUUUUACUUGCAUCUCUUUUCUACCUUAAUACAGUUAACUUACGAGGAAUCUAUAUGUAGCUUGGAUUUGAGAUGAUUUGAAUAUACACUAGUUCCACUUUGAUCUGACACCAAGAAGUACUACUUAAGUCUCAGGUAUUGCCUGUUUCUUAAACCUGAAGUUUGCUAUAAGAUGAAACUCAAUAUCAAGAAUUUGAAACAAAUUAACUUGGGAAGGAAUGUAAAGAUAACAUUGGCUGGCUUGGCCAGAGCCUUAUUAGUGUGUUAAAUAGUAAUAAAAGUUUUUGAUGCGCUGUUUCAAUUUUCAGUAGCGAAUAGAUGUGUUUAUAGAAGAUCUUAAUAAAACUUCAUACUUAUUUGAGUAACUUUAAAAAAAAUAAAAAUAA